CAACAAAAUCCAGGUUGGGUCCUUUCUUAUUUUGUCCUCUUUUACCUAUCUAUCGGAGUGAAGUGCUUGGUGCUCUCUCGAGCUUUUCAGUUUCAGAAAUCUCAAUUUCUGUAUAAAUUUUGAUUUGCUCCCACAAAACCUAUUCGCUUCAACUAGCAGUAAGAAUAGUAAUCAGAUUGACGUUUCUUCGUUUUUUCAUGGCAAAACGUUUCUAUCUUCUGCCCAGUCAAACCUGGGUGGCAAUGUUGCUCACUAGCCUGCUUGUCUUAGGGUCAUGCUCCGUUGUAGUUGAAUCUUACACCUGUUGGUGUUUGUAAUGCAAUCAACUGAUGAGAAAAAGAAGAGGAAGCUGAAGCAUUCCAGAUUGCCGUCUGCCAAAAUGCCUGUGACAGAUUCGACUGAUGUGCAAAAUUUUGAUGACAGCGUCUUUUUGCCCAUUGAAGAGAUAGUGCAAUACCCAUUGCCUGGCUGUGUGGUUCCAUCUUCAAUAAGUUUCAGUCCUGAUGAUAAUUUUAUUGCUUAUCUGUUUAGUCCUGAUCAAACGUUGAAUAGGAAGGUUUUUAUUGUUGAUCUAAAGACAUCUGAACAAGAUUUGAUAUUCAGUCCCCCCGAUGGGGGGCUUGAUGAGAGUAAUAUAUCCUCAGAAGAGAAGUUAAGAAGGGAGAGGUUGAGGGAGCGUGGGUUAGGAGUGACUCGGUAUGAAUGGGUGAAGACAACAAACCCCAGAAAGAAAGCAAUUAUGGUCCCGUUGCCUGCGGGGGUUUAUAUCCACGAUAUUUUCUAUUCAGAAACAAAGCUGAAGCUUCCGAGUGUACCAGAUUCACCAAUUAUUGAUCCACAUCUAUCCCCUGAUGGAUCAAUGCUUGCUUAUGUAAGAGAUUCUGAGUUGCAUGUUUUGGAUAUGUUUACUAAUGAACUUAAGCAGUUGACACAUGGUGCCAAGGAAAAUAGUUUGAUUCAUGGCCUUGCUGAAUAUAUCGCUCAGGAGGAGAUGGAUAGGAAAACUGGAUAUUGGUGGUCACUAGAUAGUAAAUAUAUUGCUUUCACUGAAGUUGAUUAUUCUGGAAUACCACUUUUUAGAAUUAUGCAUCAAGGUAAAAGCUCAGUUGGCUUAGAGGCACAGGAAGACCAUCCUUAUCCAUUUGCUGGAGCUUCAAAUGCAGAAGUUCGCCUGGGGGUUGUUUCAGUAGCUGGAGGUUCCGCUACUUGGAUGGAUCUUCAAUGUGGAGGAAUGGAUCAGCAAAACGAUGAGGAAGAAUACUUGGCAAGAGUCAAUUGGAUGCAUGGAAACAUUCUUACUGCUCAGGUAUUGAACAGGUACCACACCAAAAUUAAGAUCCUAAAAUUUGAUAUUAGAAAUGGCCAAAGGAAAACCCUAUUAGUGGAAGAAAACAACACAUGGAUCAAUUUACAUGACUGUUUCACACCUCUUGAAAAAGGAAUUACCAAGUUUUCUGGGGGAUUUAUCUGGGCUAGUGAGAAAACAGGAUUUAGGCAUCUUUAUCUUCAUGAUGUAAAUGGGACUUGUUUGGGACCGAUAACUGAAGGUGAAUGGAUGGUUGACCAAAUUGCUGGAGUGAAUGAGGCUACAGGUCUAAUAUAUUUCACUGGGACCUUAGAUGGGCCAAUGGAAUCCAACUUAUACUGUUCUAAAGUGUUCGGGGAUGGAGGUCAACCACCACAGCCCCCUGUCAGACUUACCCCCAGCAAGGGAAAGCACAUUGUGGUCCUUGAUCAUCGUAUGCAAAGGUUUAUUGAUAUCCAUGAGUCCCUUGAUUGUCCUCCGAGGGUGUUACUCUGUUCAUUAAAAGAUGGAAGUACGAUCAAGCCUUUGUUUGAGCAGCAAUUUACAAAUCCAAGAUUCAAAAAGCUUCAGCUCGAGACGCCAGAGAUAGUUGAAAUACAGGCUAAAGAUGGUACUCCCUUGUUUGGGGUUCUAUAUAAGCCUGAUGUAUCACGAUUUGGGCCUCCACCUUACAAAACCAUGAUCAGUGUAUAUGGUGGUCCGAGUGUACAACUUGUUUGUAAUUCUUGGGUUCAUACAAUUGACAUGAGAGCACAAUAUUUGCGAAAUCAAGGCAUCUUAGUUUGGAAGUUAGAUAAUAGAGGGACUGCUAGAAGGGGGCUGAAGUUUGAAAGUCAUGCAAAACACAAUCUUGGUCAAACUGAUGCUGAUGAUCAGGUUACUGGAGCUGAGUGGCUCAUCAAACAAGGGCUCGCUAAAGCUGGCAACAUCGGUUUAUAUGGUUGGAGCUAUGGUGGAUAUCUCUCUGCCAUGACCCUUGCCCGAUAUCCUGCUGCAUUCAAGUGUGCUGUGGCUGGUGCCCCUGUCACUUCAUGGGACGGUUAUGACACAUUCUACACGGAGAAGUUCAUGGGAUUGCCAUCUGAGAACGAAUCUACCUAUGAAAGCAGUUCUGUGAUGCACCAUGUGCACAAGAUGAAAGGACGCUUACUGCUUGUGCAUGGAAUGAUUGAUGAGAAUGUUCAUUUUAGGCACACUGCAAGGCUCGUCAAUGCCCUUGUGGCUGCUCGAAAACCAUAUGAGCUAUUAAUUUUCCCAGAUGAGCGUCACAUGCCACGACGGCAUAGAGAUCGACUAUACAUGGAAGAAAGGAUCUGGGACUUCAUUCAGAGGAAUCUGUAAAAUGACUUUUCAGUAUUUUGCAUUGUUGUUUAAUGUUGGCGGGGCAGCAUAUAUUAUGUUGAUUCUAUUCUAGAUGUGAAAAAAAAGGUUAUGUUUUUUCGAGUUUUUAUAGGUAAUGGUUGGGCCUUAUAUUUUCUUCUGCCUGAUAAGCUACCUCGUUUGUUUCGAUAGAUUUGUUUCGAUAGUUCACAACUAGCAACGCAGACAUUUAAACAGUCAAAUCAUUCUCCAAAACCAAGCAAUCCUGAAGAAAUUCUCAUCUUAGUGACACAAAAAGUAUUCCAGACGAAA